UGGUCCGAUCCAACUCAGAAAAAUGAGUCGGCUACGACCCGACCCACGUCGUUCCGAAACCACACACAUGAUUAGUUCAUUUCUACCUCAAUCUUCUUUAAUCCCGAAGGGGAUUCGAGAUUCCAAAAAUAGCCCUAAGGAAUCAAAUACUUUUCAUGCUGAUGCCGACGUCGGCGCGCGUGACAAGUCAUCUGCUGCGGCCUGCCACGGCUGUUGACUCCAUGGACGACUUCGUUGUCCACCACUCAUUCUCGCCGUUCCCCCCAAGAACCAAUCAACAGCUGCACUAUACAGCCGCGAACGCUGCCACCGACCACGCUAUGGAGAACGCAGUAGUCGGGCUGAUCGUCGUCGCCGGGACUUCAGUCGCCGUGGCAGCACUCUGCCUCCUCCUCGCCUUCCUCUGCCGACGCCACAGCAGCAAGAGUCGGCUCAAGCCGUGCAGCCGCCAGCGCUGCUGCUCCGCGGCGGCGGGGUCAACGCUCCCGGUCUCCGUUUCCGACGGGAUGACGCCGGACUACCUGUCCUGGUCGUUUUACAGCACGACCGCUGAGGCCUCGCUCCAGAAGCUCUCGCUCGCCGACCUCGCCGCCGCUACGGGGGGUUUCUCCCCAGACAACAUCAUCGGCGACGGCAGCUUCGGGUUUGUGUACCGCGCCGUGCUCCCCGAUGGUGCCGCGGUCGCUGUGAAACGCCUAUCGGGAGACUGUGACGCGGGGGCCGGCAACCGCGAGUUCCGCGCGGAGCUGGAGGUGCUCGGCAGCCUCAGCCACUCGAACUUGGCGCGCUUGCUUGGCUACUGCGCCGACGGCCGCGACCGCAUCCUCGUGUACGAGCUCCUGGAGCGCGGCAGCCUCGACGCCUGGCUCCAUGGUGGCGACGCCGACGACAGUGGCGGCACGGGUACGCUUCCCUGGCCCGCUCGACUGCGCGUCGCGCGCGGCGCCGCCGCCGCGCUCGAGUUUCUGCACCACGGCCGCCGCCCACCGGUGCUGCACCGCGACGUUAAGUCCAGCAACGUCCUGCUCAGCGAAGGCUUCGAGGCCAAGCUCGCUGACUUUGGCCUCGCCAGGAUCAUCAGAGGAAGCCCUGCCAAAUCGCACGUCAGCACGCAAGCCGCCGGUACCGUCGGGUAUGUGGCACCGGAGAUAUGGGAUGGUGUGGGUGCGACUACCAUGGCGGACGUAUAUAGCUUCGGCGUGCUGUUGAUCGAGAUAGUAACAGGAAAACGGCCAAGUUGGCCAAUAAAGGCUAGCAUAGGCGACAAGGAGGUGAAUCUGGUGGAUUGGACAAGGGAGAAGAUACACGCGGGCCAGGCAUGGGAGAUUCUAGAUCGUCGGAUGGGCAUACAAUCGCAAGGGACCGAGAUGGAGGAGGCCAAGGGGCUCUUGGAGAUUGCACGGAGAUGUAUCGACAGUGCUGCCAAGAACAGACCCACCAUGGAGGAUGUUGUGGCCAUGCUUAACAAGGUUUGACGAAUUGUGUGAUUCAAUUCAACGGUGCUCGAAUAACCGUGUCAUUAUUAUGCCUCACAAGAAGCUCAAUGCCGGAAAAGGUUAACCAUUUGUGUUCUUUUUGCACAAUGAAAAUGUUGCUGCUUGCAAAAGGCCAUGCAGUCCUGAUAUGUUUUCCAUAGAUUGCGAUGAUGAGACAUGCAUAUUUUUCAUCACAAAUAAAUUCACAUACCGGCUGAUUGGUUGGGUGCCUCCGGCGCGCCUGGCUCCUCAGCGAUCGUUAUUA